AUGGACCCGAUAUCUGCGAUCGGGUUUGCCUCGGCAAUUGUUCAAAUUCUAGGCGCACUCACUUCGACUGUGCAUAGCCUCGAUAAACUACGGGGGAGAUUCAGCGAUGCGGACUUUACGAUCCAUGCGCUCAUUCAAGAGCUGAGCUGCAUCAAGACAGCUCUCACAAGUUUGAAGGAAUUGCAUCGACUGAAUUCUUCCGAUGUGAUCGUGUCGGAGGAAUUCAACGAACAGAUGCUUACAGCUACAAGCGGCUGCCAAAUCAUAAUGCAGGUUCUAUCCGAGGAUGUGAUGAACAUGGUGCAUGACAGUCAAAGUGGCGACACACUUGGUUUCAGAUCGCGCAUCAGAGUUGUGUGGAAAGAAGAUAUCAUGAAAGGACACCAGGAGAAACUACACGCCCAAGUAAUGGCGUUACAGCUAUUGCUUCAGGUCUGUCAGAGGUUAGAGCCCUUCCUCAUUCCCAAAGGUCGCACAGAAGCUCAUAGGCCCCUCCCUAGUCAUACAUCACAGGAGCAGCUUCGUCUGUUGAGACAGGCAACGACUCGUCGUAUCAUGCGCAAGGUUCGCGACGACACCGAAACCAUAAUAUCGACACGGAGCCAGGCUACAUCUAGCGCAGCGAGCAUUUCGCAACACAGCAGUUUUACACUCGGUGACUCAGCUGUCGGUUUCAACGAUGCCCUCGCAGAUUUGUCCCUAUAUCGCCGGUCAUCCCCGCAGCCCGCCCCGUCCAUCGGAACUUCUAAUAUCCAGAUCGACACAGGCGAAGGCUUUGCAUAUACACCGACACGCGAUAGAGGUAGUGCAAGAGCUUCGUUUGAUGCUCAUCCGCCCCAGCAAGAUUAUCUUCUCUUGCCCACGAGUCCGUCGGCACCAGUGCACCCAGCCCAUAGGAGAGCAGUGUCGUCCCGUGAGGUGCCGCGUCCAAGCCUACCAAAUGUGACUCGGAGCAAGUCUGAUACCAAGGCACCGAAGACAAUAGAAAGAUCUGGCUCUAAGCUUGAAAGAAUAUCCUCUCUACUUCGCCUAAACACCUCAAGCCGCCUAAAUCUUGCCUCUACCUCUUCCAACAGCUCACCAAAAGCAGGCAAAAUUACAUCUUUCACCAGAGUGAAGCCUAAGCGGGAACAAAAUCCUCAUACCAGCAUUGAUUUGACCGGCGAAGAUGCUGCUUCCAUUCCAUCGAUCGUCAAGGCCGCACAAGCUGGUUCCCUGGGUGAGGUAGCACGGCUCAUCGAUUAUGGUAUGAAGAUCGAGGAAAGGCACAAAAAGUCAGGUCGAAAUGCGUUGUUGGUCGCUGCGCAUUGUGGAAAAGAUGAUAUUGUGGAACUUUUGAUUCAACAUCACGCUCGGAUAGACGUGGUUGAUGGGUCCGGCUGGACCGCACUUCAUCUUGCAGCUUCGCGUGGGCAUUGCGACGUGAUAACACUCCUUCUGGAAGAGAGCAACAUUUCUGAGGUUCCAAACUAUCAAGGCCGCACAGCUUUACGAGUUGCUGUUGACCGAAGCCAGCAUGAAGCCGUGCAAAAGCUGCUUAUGUACAAUGCAAAGGUCAACACUCGUGCCGAGAAUCAAAUGACUACCUUGCACAUUGCAGCAAAGCAGGGUGAUGCGGAAAUUGUGAAUAUGCUUGCGUCAAACGGCGCAGAUAUCGAAGCCAAGGACGCUAACAUGAUGUCCGCAUUGCACUAUGCGUGCGAAGGAGGCCAUGUGGAAGUCAUUGCAGUACUUCUGGCUCACAAAGCUAAUAUAGAAGCAAUCGGUCGAGACCGUAAGACACCGCUGAUAUGUGCUGCCGAAUCAGGCCAAUCCCGGGCGGUCGAAUUUCUCUUGAAAUCAAAGCAAAAAGCAUCAGCAAGCGGAACAGAUGACACUGGAAUGACUGCCUUGCAUUGGGCUGCAUAUAAUGGUCAUGAGGAGACAGUGGACAUUCUCAGCCAAAAGAAAGGAUCCCUGGCCAGGGUCAAUGCAAUGGGGCGAACGGCUUUGCACUUAUCUGUUAUGCAGACCCAAUUCGCCGUCGUUGAGCCCUUACUACGCAAGGGUGCCGAUCUUAAUAGCCGAUGUGCGACGGGUCUCACUCCUCUUCAUUAUGCCUGUAUGGCAGACAGUAUCGAGCUGGCAAUGCUAUUACUCCAGCAAGGUGCUGACAUCGAAGCAACUGAAUAUCAGCAUCAACAAAGACCUUUGCAUGUCGCAGCGGCACGAAGCUCAAUCCAUCUUUUGGAACUUCUUUGUACCAAAGGAGCUUCUUUAGAUGCCCGAGACAGCGUUGGAGAUUGGCCGCUAUCUGUAGCAUGUCGCUGUGGGCACGUGGCUGCCGUGGGGAAGUUGUUGAGUCUAGGGUCACCUCUCUAUCAAGAACAACAAGCUACAUCGCGUAGUGACUCUCCGCUAUGCCUGGCUGCUAUGGGAGGCCACCUGCCAGUAGUGUUGCUGCUUCUCGAGCGCGGCGCAUCGGCAUCCAGAAAGGAUGAGGGCGGCUGGCAGCCUUUCCGCCAUGCUGCAUAUCAUGGCCAUGUGGAAGUUCUCAAGGUGCUCUUGACCCACACCCGGAUACCCGACACAGAAGUCUCAGAUGUCAUCAGCAUGCCAGAGACGAUCGGAUUCCACCCAGAUAUUAUGAUCACCGAGGACCGCAAGGCGCGGGUGAGGGAACUACUCAACCAAGCUCUAGCGGAAUCUGGCCAGAUGCCUCCAACUCGUAUCUCAAACAUCGCCCUGACUGUGAAUAAUGGAAACCAUCCUGCUCAAUCUUCACAAGAUCGCUAUUCGCAAGACUGCGAAAGUUUGGUGCCCCAGGAGUUACCCGCAACUCUUGAGCAGGGGUUACCCAGUAGUCGCUCAGCGACCCCUGAGCGUGACUUGACCGCCGAGAUUACACGCCCCAAUGACCGGGAGCAUGUUCAGCUGCGGCUCAGCGAGCAACCCUCACCGCCAAUCAACGCGAACAGUGCCUCCGUUCCCAAUGACCCUCGUGGAACAUCUCCUAUACGUUACACCGAGCAGAAUUCUGCUAGGCGUAAUCCUCGUCGACACCCAGCCAGAGAAGAGCCGCCGGUGUCGGCGACCUUCGUUCCUCAGCAACCUCUUGUCCUUACCUCUCAACGCCCCCAGAAACAUUUGAAAAUACCAUCCCACUCCGUGGAUAUCGGAGUCCCGGUUGCUGAGAGUAUGCCAAUACAAUCCCGUCGGUAUGCACAAAGGAGUCGCAUUCCUCAAAGGACUCCUGCUCCUCGGGAAAUUGUGUUACCGAUAUCAAAGCCGGAACCGCCGGUUGAACAUAUGCAAGAAGCCAUUGAUGAUUCCUUGGACUCGGAUACAGACUCGAUGUGUUCAGUAUAUACGGCACCUGAUGGAAGUGUCGACACCAAUAUUGCCUCAGGGAUCGAUUACCAAAAUGGGCCAUUCGAACUAGCUGCAUGA